ACAGUUCUUUUUCACGUUUCUAGCGUUAUUUGAUAUAAGAUUUUUGGUACAAGAAAAGUAUCUUGAAAAAUGAAGAUUAACCUGCUGUUAACGGCCGUUUUCCUGGUGGCCUAUAAGACUCCCACUUCGGAUGCUAUGAAGGCUGGUGAUAAAUGUGUUACAAACGGAGCUCUUGCCCCAAACCCCGACGACAAUACGCAAUACUACUUUUGUAUGGAUAAAAUAAUCUAUGUGGGAACAUGCACGGAUGGCAGGACCUUUGAUGAAAGAGUGGCUCAGUGUGUUUAUGCGGGGACCAACCCUGGAACUGGUACUGGCACUGGCACAGGUACGGGCACAGGAACUGGUACCACAGUCAACUGCGUCGGAAACGAUCAAGCGACGUUCCCAUACCCCAGUGAUAGCAGCAAGUACUAUUAUUGCUACAAUGGCCAAGCUUUGGUUGUGCAGUGUCCAGCUAACAACUAUUACGACUCUGUUUCGGGUACCUGCGUUUCUGGGUCAGGAACAGGCACUGGUGGCUCAGGCUAUCUGUUUUGCCCGACCGGAGUAAAUACUAUGUUGCCUGAUCCGAAUGGUGAUUGUCAGAGAUACGUGCUCUGUCUGAAUGGCCAAGCCUCCUAUCAAACAUGCCCAAAUGGAUUCUAUUUUCAACCAACAACAGGAUACUGUGGCCCGAAUAUGCCGAAUUCGUGUGCUGGUGGUGGCUCAUGCAAUCAGAGGGGACUACUAAGACCAGUACGAAAUAAUUGCCAAGUAUACAACUACUGCGAUGGGUCCUACUGGUCAACAAUAAAGUGUCCCAAUAAUUAUUACUUCAGUCCAAGCCGGCUUACAUGUGGACCCACUAUCCCGAAUGGAUGCAGCAAAUACAACAAUUACAACCAAAACUUACCGGGCUCCAACACAUUUUAUCCUACUUAUCCCACCUACCCUACCUAUCCAACUUAUCCCACUAUCCCCACCAUUCCAUCAAACCCUUCUGUAGUUUGUGCAACAAGUAUGAAUGGUGUUUUUGCGGAUACCACGAAUUGCCAGAAGUACUUCACAUGUAUGGAUGGGACGGCGUACACAAUGACAUGUCCCAACAAUUAUUAUUUCAACCCAUUAACAAGGCUCUGUGGUUCAAAUAUCCCAUCAGGAUGUACUCUGCAAAAUAUAGACCUUGACACCCCCACUUGUCCGGCAAAUUCUGAAAUAACCUUGGCAGACUCAACAAACUGCAAACAAUACAUAGUCUGCACUAAUGGAUUUGGAGCUACCUACGCUUGUGGUCCUGGACUUUACUACGACAUUGAAGGGAAUUCAUGUUCGACAACGAAACCAGAUAGAUGUGGAUAUGAGAUUCAGUCAACGCAAGCCAUAGAUGUCGAUAAACCAUGUACCACAAACGGAGUUCUUACUGCACACCCCGAUGAUAAUACGCUUUUUUACUUCUGCUUGGAUAACAUCAUUUACGCAGGAAGUUGUACCGAUGGAAAAAUGUUUAACUCUGUACUCUCCCAGUGUGUGGAUCCGAGUAGUGGAACCCCCGUAAAUCCGGGCACAAAUAUAGGAACUGAUGUGGAUUGUGAAGGAAAUGAUUAUGCAACGUUUCCAUUUCCCAAUGACAACAGCAAAUAUUAUUAUUGUCUGAACGGUGAGGCUAUGAUUGUACAGUGUCCAUCUAACUCCUACUACGAUGCUUAUACGCGAAGCUGUUCCCAAAAUAAUGGUGGUACCGAUUUCUAUUGCCCGACCGGGAUGAAUACUCUGUCCGCUGAUCCCAAUGGCAAUUGCGCAAGAUAUGUUCUGUGCUUGAAUGGGGAAGCCUCCUUCAUGACAUGCCCAAGCGGAUAUUUCUUCCAGCCAAAGACAGGCAAUUGCGGUCCAAAUAUACCAGAUUCUUGCAACCAAGGAGGACCAUGUACCAGGAAGCAAGUGGGUCUAGUUAAACAGGUUCAGAAUAACUGCGAAGUUUACCAGGAGUGUGACAAUUCUACUCUCACUUGGAAAACACGGAAGUGUCAAAAAAAUUACUACUUCAACCCGAACAGACUGCAAUGCGGACCAAUCAGGCCAGCUGGAUGUGGUGACUAUAACUAUUAUUACCAGAAUUUACCUGGUUACGACAACACAUAUAAUCCUUAUUAUCCCACCUAUCCUGGCUUCCCAACUGGGCCAACGAAUCCUGGUGUGAUUUGUGGAACGAGUUUAAAUGGUCUCUUCGCGGAUCCUUCGAAUUGCCGGAAGUAUAUCUACUGCAUAGAUGGGGUUGCUCACUCUAUGACCUGUCUCAGCGGUUUUUACUUCAAUCCUUUAACAAGAAUCUGCGGACCAAAUAUUCCUUCAGGAUGUUCCGUACAGAAUAUAGACAUAGAUCUUUUUACAUGUCCCGCCUUUGCAGAUAUAACAGUAGCCGAUCCAAGCAACUGUAAGCAAUAUAUAGUUUGCUCUGGGGGAGUUUCAACUACUUAUAGAUGUGGACCAGGACUUUAUUAUUAUCCUGAUCAGAAUACGUGUUCAACACUACUUCCGGCGCGAUGCAGAUUUUAAGAUAACAAGAAAAUUGCGUUAUUCAUCUAAUUUCAAUAAAUUUGUUUUCAACAAAAAAG